AUGCCUUCUCCUUUAAGCGCAAUUUUUCCUGUCUGUAUCACUCUUGAAGACAACAACAGUUCAAGAAAAGCAAUAUCCGCCUUGUCCUCGUCGCCGCCGCCACCCUCAGCCUUCAACUGCUCGAAGCAUCCGACCUGCUGGUCCCUCGCCAACACGGCUUCACUCUCGUCCAAGGACACGCUCGCUAUCCUUAAUCAGCUGCUUCCUAUUUCAGUCCCAAGUACGAUCAGCAUCCAAAAUCUCAGCACCGAAGAACCACCCGCAGAUAUGGACAAGAGACACCCGAGUUCGUUCCAGCAGCUGGAGAAGCUGGGGGAAGGCACAUACGCCACUGUAUUCAAGGGACGUAAUAGACAGACGGGCGAGUUAGUAGCGUUGAAGGAGAUCCACCUGGACUCGGAAGAAGGCACACCAUCGACAGCGAUCCGAGAGAUUUCGCUGAUGAAGGAGCUAAAGCACGUUAAUAUCGUCAGCCUGCACGAUGUCAUCCACACCGAAAACAAGCUCAUGCUGGUCUUCGAGUAUAUGGAUAAAGAUUUGAAGAAGUACAUGGACACAGAGGGCGAGCGAGGUGCAUUACCACCCGUCACCAUCAAGUCUUUCAUGCACCAACUCCUUCUCGGAAUUGAUUUCUGCCACACAAAUCGAGUCCUGCACCGCGAUCUCAAGCCCCAAAACCUCCUCAUAAAUGUCAAGGGGCAGCUGAAGCUGGCCGAUUUCGGUCUUGCGCGUGCCUUCGGAAUUCCCGUAAACACCUUCUCCAACGAAGUCGUCACCCUCUGGUACCGCGCCCCCGACGUUCUCCUUGGAAGUCGCACAUAUAACACAAGCAUCGACAUCUGGUCUGCCGGCUGCAUCAUGGCCGAGAUGUACACCGGACGCCCACUCUUCCCCGGUACAACCAACGAAGACCAACUUGUCCGCAUCUUCCGCAUCAUGGGCACACCUUCCGAGCGCUCCUGGCCCGGCAUCUCCCAGUACUCUGAGUACAAGCAGAAUUUCCAGAUGUAUGCUACUCAAGACCUGCGUGUUAUCCUCCCGCAAAUCGACCCCAUCGGCCUGGACCUCUUGCAACGGAUGCUGCAACUACGACCGGAGUUGAGAAUCAGUGCUCACGAUGCGUUACAACAUCCUUGGUUCAAUGAUCUUGGGGGACAGAUGAGACCGCCGCCACCGCAUCCUGGUCAGCAUCCAAGCCAGAUCCCGAUGCAGCAGAGAGGAUAUGCGCAGCAAGGUGUGGUUUCGCAGGGUGGGUACGAAUAUUGA